GCGGUGGAAGCGACGGGGACAUCCAUGUCUUCGACGUAGAAACGGGCCAUUUGCUCGCCACCCUCCCCGGCCACACCCAAGCUGUGCGGGCCUUACGGUACACCCCGGGAGGCUAUGCUUUGUUAAGCGGGUCUGACGACCGACGCGUUCACGUGCACGAAAUCAACGCCGGUUCCUCCAGGGGCCGGUCUCCCUCCUUGGUCUCGAGUUACGACGGGCACGCCUCCUUUGUCCUAAGCCUGGCUGCCAGUGGGGAUGGGCGACAUUUUGCCUCGGGGGGGGGCGACCGGAGGAUUAAUCUGUGGGACUU